GUUUACUCGGCUCGUCUUCCUUUCGGAGCGAGAAGAAUGCAGCGGCGGUGGAUAUAAGGAGGAAUCAAUUACAGUGAUGCUGAGACUGAGAGUGAACCCCGUUUGGUGCACUCUUCCGAUCUCCCAUUUCACUUCUCUUCCCCUUCGCCCCUCAAUUCUCAGACCUGUUCUCCGCCGCCACAGGCCUCGACUCUUCCUCACCCGAUUCUCCGCCUCCUCUGCUGUGCAUAAAGCCUCGGAAUCUUCUUCAGCUAAAGGCCUCUCGGAUGGCGACUUGGAGCCUUUCCUCUCAUGUUCGAUGCCUCGCCAUCCGCUCAAAGUUGCUGUUCUUCUUAGCGGUGGCGUCGAUAGCAGCGUCGCCCUCCGCCUCCUCCAUGCUGCUGGCCACUCCUGCACUGCCUUCUAUCUUAAGAUAUGGUUUCAGGAAGACUUCGAGAAUUUUUGGUCAGAAUGCCCAUGGGACGAUGAUUUGAAGUAUGCUAAAGCUGUUUGUGAUCAGGUUGAUGUACCAUUGGAAGUGGUUCAUUUGACAGAGGAAUAUUGGAGGAACGUGGUUUCUUAUAUAAUUGAAGAAUAUCGAUGUGGCCGUACUCCAAACCCUGAUGUUCUUUGUAACACAAGAAUAAAGUUUGGUGCAUUCAUGGAUGCAAUAAGCAAUAUGGAGUUUGAUUAUGUUGCUUCAGGGCAUUAUGCGAAUGUUAUUCAUCCAUCUGCUGAUCAAAUGGAAAAACCUUCUGUUUUAGAACUAUCCAAGGACAUGGUCAAAGAUCAAACAUAUUUUCUGUCGCAUCUCUCGCAGAACCAGCUUAAAAGGCUUUUAUUCCCUCUUGGUUGUAUUCCGAAGGAUGAGGUUCGCAAACUUGCUGCAAAAUUCAACUUACCAAACAAAGACAGAAAGGAUUCACAAGGAAUAUGUUUCCUUGGGAAGAUAAAAUUUAGUGAAUUCGUGGCGAGACAUAUUGGGGAGGACGAAGGUGUGAUAUUGGAGGCAGAGUCGGGAGAUUUUCUUGGCAAACAUCGAGGGUUUUGGUUUUACACGAUUGGCCAACGCCAAGGCCUAAAACUUCCUGGAGGACCUUGGUAUGUUGUGGAGAAAGAUAUUAGGAACAAUGUAGUAUUUGUUUCGAGAAAUUAUUUCUCACUUGACAAAAGAAGACGGUUGUUUCGAGUUGGAUCAUUGAAAUGGCUUAGUGGGUUGGUUCCAGACCAAUUUACUGAGCUUCAAUGUAAGGUCCGACAUGGCCCGAGUUUCUAUAGUUGCAAUUUGACAAUGGAACGCAAUGAAGAUAGUGAUGAAGAUGUUGCAGUUGUCCAUCUAAGCGAAGAUGACCAAGGCCUUGCAGCAGGCCAGUUUGCAGCCUUUUAUGAGGGAAGGAGAUGCAUUGGGUCGGGUGUGAUUUUAGAAUCUUGGGAUGAUCAGGGGUUUCCUGUAUGUGCAAAGGCUCUUGAAAUUGCACAAAUGGAAGAUAAGUCGAAGCUUGGUAAACCAAUAAAGAUAAAAGUUAAACCAGAGAAUGCUACGAAAGAAUGUGAACCUAAAGAUGAUACAAAAAUACACGGCGUGUUAAAGAAUCAACAAACCACUGUGGUUGAGCAAACCGGAGAAGUGGCUUCGGAUGAAGCACUCACCACAGCCCCAAUGAAAUGGCUUGGAAGCCUUCGGAAGAAGCUGCUGCAGGUAUUUUAAUUUUUGCCUUAGUUUAGAAAUCGAAUCCUUGACUACAGCCCUGCAAUGAGAGUGAAACCCAUAUUUUAUUCCUUUGAAUCUGUUGACUGAAUUAUGACAUAUUUGUAUGUUUGUGAUGGAGCAAAUAUAGGAGCUCUCCUCUCUUAUUCCGACGCCU